GGGCGCGGAAGGAGCGCGGCUCCCCGUGCGCACGCCCUGCGCGCUGCAGGACACCACCCCCCCCAAGAUGUCGUGGCACCCGCAGUACCGCAGCUCCAAGUUCCGCCACGUGUAUGGUAAAGCCGCCAGCAAGGACAAGUGCUACGACUGCGUGCCCAUCACCCGCAACGUCCAUGACAACCACUUCUGUGCUGUGAACCCCCACUUCAUUGCGGUGGUGACCGAGUGCGCGGGCGGGGGGGCCUUCCUCGUCAUUCCCAUCCACCAGACAGGCAAGCUCGACCCACAUUAUCCCAGAAUAUGUGGGCAUAAAGGGAAUGUUCUGGACAUCAAGUGGAACCCGUUCAAUGACUUUGUCAUAGCUUCAUGUUCAGAAGAUGCCACAGUUAAAAUCUGGGACAUCCCCAAGCACUUGCUAACAAAAAAUAUUACCAGUCCGAAGAAGGAACUUAUUGGGCACGCUCGAAGAGUGGGCCUCAUUGAAUGGCAUCCCACGGCUAAUAACAUCCUCUUCAGCUCUGGCUAUGACUACAAGAUAAUGAUCUGGAACCUUGACACCAAGGAGGCUGUCAUCUCGAAUCCUGUGAAGAUCCUUGAUGCUCACAAAGAUGUGGUGCUCUCCAUGUCAUUCAACACGGAUGGCAGUCUUCUUGCCACAGCCUGCAGAGACAGAAAGAUACGUCUGAUAGACCCGCGUGCAGGAACAGUUCUACAAGAAGCCAGCUACAAGUCCCACAGAGUCAAUAAAGUCUUGUUCCUUGGAAACAUGAAAAAGCUGUUCUCUACUGGAACAUCUCGGUGGAAUAAUAGGCAAAUUGCAUUAUGGGAUCAAAACGACCUUUCUGUGCCUUUACUGGAGGAGGACCUGGAUGGCUCCUCGGGACUCCUGUUUCCCUUCUACGACUCAGACACACACAUGCUUUACGUUGUGGGGAAGGGUGAUGGAAAUAUACGGUACUAUGAGAUAAGCCCUGAGAAACCAUACCUGAACUACCUGAUGGAGUAUCGUUCUCAUUUACCACAGAAGGGAAUUGGAAUGAUGCCAAAGAGAGGCCUUGAAGUGUCAGCUUGUGAGAUUUUCCGUUUCUACAAACUGAUCCCAACUAAAAGCCUGAUUGAGCCCAUCUCCAUGAUUGUGCCUCGGCGGUCGGAGUCAUACCAGGAAGACAUCUACCCUUUGACCACAGGAGCCCAGCCAGCACUGACAGCACAGGAGUGGCUGAACGGAGUUAACAAAGGUCAGCACAUGGAGCACUCCCCAGCCCUUCAGCUCCCCAGGGCUUGG